AUGUAUCAUUCCAGUAAAAUUGCGCUCUUGCGUGUGUGUAUAUAUAUAUAUAUCAACAGAGAUGUACAGCAUGCCCUGGAGAAGGAUCUCUCUGACAAAAACUCAGCCUAUUUUAUUGAUGAGAAGUGCUUUAACCUGAGGAACACAUUGGACAGCAUCAACUUUUACCAUGGAGUGGAAAAAGCAGCAGAGAUUGUUUCAGUUCCUGCAACAAGUUCCUGGGCUAAAGUCAGUGGAGACAAUAUCAGGUGCUCUCAACAUGCAGGGGCCAACUCUGUCCUGCCCUGAAAGGAUGCAGAGGCUGGACUGGAGUGCACAUCUGAGGAGAUGUGGAAUCAUUUAUCCAGCAUUAACUUAGCCUUUAAUAAUCAUGUUGCUGAAGUAUCUGAUGCAAAGAACAAACUCCAAGCACAACUGGCCAAGAUGCUUCAGGAAAUCUUCCAGACAGAAGCUACAAUCAUGUUACUGGAGACCCUAAAGACAAAGGAGAACCCACUGGAAGUGACUCAGACCUGCCUGCAGGGAAGAAUGAAAUGACCCAAUAACGGACUUUGCUGUGAUGCAUCUCAGUUUCAACUGGCCGCUGAAGUUUCCACUAUAGAUAACAACAUACAGGCCUUCAAGUGAUGCCUGCAAGAAGCACAUGACACUCUGCAGUUACUGAUCCUCCACAAAUCAGUGCCAGAAGACAACAUUUCUGUGAAGGCAAACUCCCUUUUCAUUGACAAGAAGUGUACAGGAACAUGA